UCGGCAGGGCCGGGCAGGCUCGGGGAUCUCCCGUCGGUUCCUCGCUCCUGGUCCCCGCUGGGCCCGAGGGGAACCGGGAGCCGACAGGGCCCGGCCCAGGGCUCUCGCGGGGCAGCGGGGGAGGCAGCUGUCUCUUGAAGGGUUGCGACCUCCGGCGGGAGCUUGAGGCGGGGCCGAGACCUAGAGCGCGUCUCUGGGGGCAGCUGCCGGGUCCAGGGAUACUGCCCGAGGGCGGUAGCCUACCUGUUGGGCAGGUUGUUUCCUGCCCUGGGGCCGGCAUGGUCGAGCUGUCAGCCAAAGAACUUCACGGCUCCCCGCCCCUUGGGCCCUCUGACUGAAGGCGACUGACACAGUUGAAUAAGGCAGUGAUUGCACUGCGUGGUAGAAAAAAUACUGUUAAUAGGUACCACUUACUGAUUGUUGGCCCUGUGCUCAGUAAAUCCUUUACGCACGUUUAACUCUCGUGGUGAUCCUUUCAAGGUGGUAUUAUUCACCCCCAUUUUACGAAUAAGGUCACUGAGGCUUAGCAAGUUUAAGUAACUCGCCCAAGGUCGUAAAGUGAUGGAUCCCAAUCUUAGUCUCGUUCCAGAGACCAUGUACUAAACCAGCAGCCUUCCCGAUUUUUAGCGCGCUAUACGUGUUGGUGAGGAUGGAAUAGGUCAUAGGUGCCUUAACAAGGAAGAAAUUCAUUUGUUUUAGGAUUUUAUUCAGCAUGCAUGCAGUCCUGAUUGGCCAUUAGCUCUGGAAAGGAAGAGAAAUGGAAGUGAAAAAGUUGAGCAUUUCCUGGCAGUUCUUGCUAGUUCUGGUUCUGAUCCUGCACAUUCUCUCUGCGUUGGAUUUUGACCCAUACAGAGUCCUAGGGGUCAGCCGAACAGCCAGUCAGGCUGAUAUUAAAAAGGCUUAUAAGAAGCUCGCCCGGGAAUGGCAUCCUGACAAAAACAAAGAUCCUGGAGCAGAAGACAAGUUCAUUCAAAUUAGCAAGGCUUACGAGAUUCUUUCCAAUGAAGAAAAGAGAUCAAAUUACGAUCACUAUGGAGAUGCUGGAGAGAAGCAGGGCUACCAGAAGCAGCAGCAGCAGCGAGAGUACCGCUUCCGCCAUUUCCACGAGAAUUUUUAUUUUGAUGAGUCUUUUUUUCAUUUCCCUUUUAAUUCUGAGCGGCGGGACUCAAUUGACGAAAAGUAUUUAUUGCACUUUUCACAUUAUGUCAAUGAAGUGGUUCCAGAUAGCUUCAAGAAACCCUACCUCAUUAAGAUCACCUCAGACUGGUGCUUUAGCUGCAUCCAUAUCGAGCCUGUUUGGAAAGAAGUGGUUCAAGAACUGGAAGGAUUGGGUGUGGGAAUCGGCGUGGUCCAUGCCGGGUACGAGAGACGCCUGGCCCAUCACCUGGGAGCGCACAGCACACCCUCCAUCCUAGGAAUCAUAAACGGGAAAAUCUCCUUCUUCCAUAACGCAGUUGUCCGCGAGAACCUCCGACAGUUUGUAGAGAGUCUUCUUCCGGGGAACUUGGUGGAGAAAGUUACAAAUAAAAAUUAUGUCAGAUUCCUGUCCGGCUGGCAGCAAGAGAAUAAACCACACGUCCUCCUAUUUGACCAAAUGCCCGUUGUGCCGCUGCUGUACAAGUUGACUGCUUUUGCGUACAAAGAUUAUGUAUCGUUUGGAUAUGUAUAUGUCGGUUUGAGAGGGGCGGAAGAGAUGACGAGACAGUACAACGUCAACGUCUAUGCCCCCACCAUCCUGGUCUUUAAAGAACACACAAACAAGCCUGCAGAUGCCAUCCAGGCCCGAGGUCUGAAGAAACAGGUCAUUGACGACUUCAUCACCCAGAACAAGUAUCUAUUGGCAACCAGGCUCACCAGCCAGAAGUUGUUCCAAGAGCUCUGCCCUGUGAAGCGGUCUCACCGACAGAGGAAGUAUUGUGUGGUUUUACUGACCGCCGAAGCUACCAAGUUAAGCAGACCCUUUGAGGCCUUCCUGUCCUUUGCCCUGGCAAACACACAGGACACAGUGAGAUUCGUGCACGUCUACAGCAAUCGGCAGCAGGAGUUUGCCGACACCCUACUACCGGACAGUGACACCUUUAAAGGGAAGUCAGCGGUGGCUAUCUUAGAGAGGCGCAACACGGCAGGAAGGGUGGUAUAUAAAACCCUGGAGGAUCCCUGGACGGGCAGUGAGAGCGAUAAAUUCAUCCUUUUGGGUUAUCUCGACCAACUGCGGAAAGACCCAGCUCUGCUGUCCUCGGAAGCUGUGCUCCCCGACUUGACCGAUGAACUUGCCCCUAUUUUUCUCCUUCGGUGGCUAUACUCUGCUUUUGACUACAUCUCAGACUGCUGGGAUAGCAUAUUUCACAACAACUGGCGGGAAAUGAUGCCCCUGCUGUCGCUGGUCUUCUCUGCCCUCUUCAUCCUCUUCGGCACCGUCAUCGUUCAGGCUUUCAGUGACUCAAACGAUGAGCGAGAGUCAAACCCCCCAGAUAAAGAGGAAGCCCAUGAGAAGGCCGGGAAGACUGAGCCAAGCUUCUCCAAAGAAAACAGCAGCAAGAUUCCUAAAAAAGGCUUUGUGGAGGUAACGGAACUCACAGAUGUGACAUACACCAGUAACUUGGUACGCCUGAGGCCAGGCCACAUGAACGUGGUCCUCAUCCUGUCAAAUUCCACCAAGACCAGCCUACUGCAGAAAUUCGCUUUGGAGGUCUACACGUUCACUGGGAGCAGCUGCCUACACUUCUCCUUCCUGAGUCUAGAUAAACACAGAGAGUGGCUAGAAUACUUAUUAGAGUUUGCUCAAGAUGCAGCCCCGAUUCCAAACCAGUAUGAUAAACAUUUCAUGGAGCGCGACUACACUGGGUAUGUCCUGGCUCUGAACGGCCACAAGAAAUACUUCUGCCUCUUCAAGCCCCAGAAAACGGUCGAAGAGGAGGAAGCCAUGGGGUCCUGCAGUGAUCUUGACUCUUCCCUCCAUCCGGGUGAAUCUCGAGGGAAGUCUCCCUGUGGCCUUGGAUCCAGGCCCAUCAAAGGAAAAUUGAGCAAGCUGUCCUUGUGGAUGGAGCGCCUGUUGGAAGGCUCCUUACAGAGGUUUUAUAUCCCGUCAUGGCCUGAGCUAGACUGAGAGGACUUCAAAAAGAGACUUGAACUCUUCAGACUGUUUAACAGGCCCCUGUGAACAGGUAUUUUCAGGACUCAAACUAUCACAAUGAACAGAGUAUAGAUUUUAGAUUAUUCUUCUAGAACAAUGGCUAGAAGAAUCUUUCCUUUGUCCUCUUCUAACCUAGGAGUGAAAAGCACCACAAGUUGAACUCCCUAGGUCAAAAUAUCUUCCUUUGGGUUUUUUCCCUCAUUUGAAUGCCGCACUAUUUAAAACAGACUGCUCCUUCCCUCUUCCUUUGUUGUCCCCGUCACGUGCACAUGCCACCCUCCCCUGUCCAGCCUCUGUGCUGUGGGAGAAGCACAGAGCUCAACGCUGCAGCAGGACCCGGACGGACCCUCAGGAGCCUGGCGUGCUGGUCGGGUCUGUUCCUUGCCCUCUCUGCCCGCCUCCUGGCCCCCGCUGUGCCUCUGCCACGGUGCAUGCUGUAACAGUGGAACAACCCACAGCAGCUUCUAGGCCCUGCAUCCUGAAAGAGGCCUAGUUCCAGGCAAUCUUACAUUUUGUGGUUUUCCUGGUAGUAAGUGGCUAAAAGUCUAUUUUGGGGGUAUCCCCCUACAGCAGUCUGUCAGCCACAGUUUUAAAAGAAUACGGAUGAUUAGGGGUUCUGCACAUGAGUUUGGUUUUCUUCCCAAGACAAGGGAAGGGAGGGCUGGGCUGUGACUGAAGUGACCCCUUUGUGAGUGUCUUAUUAUAGCAGCCUCCACAGCACUAGCUAGAGCCGGGGAGGGGUCCACGCGGCAAGGAGGACUGUGAUGGCUUUGAGCCCUUCACGUGUACGUUUUCAGAUGCCUUUCUGCCUCUGUCGAUUUUAGGGGAUGGAUAUUAGGAGCCAUAACUCGUAGUCUUGUUCUCUGAACGUAGAGAUAAGCUGCUAUAAGCCAGUAGAUGUUAAACUGAAGACACAUUAUUCAUCUGCCAUGAGUCAGGCGCGAGGAACCUCUUCCCUCCAGGGGUGUCUCUUUAGUAAUAUCAGACAUGUCUGUGUAUGAAGGAAGCGAGCGUUCCUCAGCAACUGUAUUUUGAACACCGUCACCCUAAGAGUGCUGUGUCUUCAAGUCCUCUUUGUGACAAGUCAACCAAGACUUGUUCCUGUUUUGCAAAAGGCUUACUUUGAGCUUCUGGCCUAUGUUUGAUGGUUCAUCUUAAUUGUUUUCACUCUUACCUUACAACUGCUUCACCAGUAACAGGCUCAGACCUAUCAUCAGCACCCCAGCUUGCUGAGCUCCGCUGCGCGACGGGCUCCAGGCUGAAUCACACCAGCCACUUAGUGAGCUUACCUUUUCUUUUUAAGGCAAAGCCACCAAAGGAGUCUGGACAGCCUCAAAGAGUGGUCUGUUCAAAUGUGAGAGCAGAUUGCCCUUUUGUAAAGUAAAGGGUCAAAAUCAGCGAUGGGGCAAAAUAAGUUAGUAUUUUCUUUAAUUAUAAUUGCUUUAAAUUAAACCAUUUGGAUCCUGAAUAAUUCAAAUGUCGAGCUACAGUAGCAAGUAGUAAAUUAUUUGGGUCCAGGAAUUCCUAUAGUUUUAAUGGGAUCUAUAGCUUUAUUAAAAAAAAAUAAAUCACUGCCAGGCUUCAUUUUUCCACAUGAUCCUCUAAAAACGGAUGCUCACUCUGUUGCCAUCUCUCAUGGCACCCGGCCCAGGCAGAAGUGACCAAGGGAUUCGUUUGGCCCCUUGAUGGCACCAGUCCUGAAAAGUCUCUGCUGCGUCUUUUAUGGCCAGGUUGCUCGUACUUGGGUUCAGUGGUAGGUUUUCAUUUUUAAAUUCUGAUACUAAUGGAAUUCCUGACCUUAAUUUCUGAAAACCAAAAACUCCCCAGAGUUGUUCAUUUAAAAAAUUUCUAUCAUUAAAAUAAAAAGUACCUUCAGAGAGCUGCGCCUCCCAUCUGUACUAGGACAGGAAAGUAAUAAUAGGAUUGGAAACAUUCCUGGCAAAUAUUUCAGUCCAAAGAUUGUACAGAUCUGUUUAUGGUUUGGUAGGUACGUCCCCCAAGAGGAUGCUAGGGAGGUUUUAUUUUAAAUUGAACUUUACCCUUGACCACCAGGCCUUCCCUCCAGAAUGUUGUUUGCAUGAAUUUGUUUACUUUUGUGUCAAAUGGAUGAGCCGUUGUCAUGCUCAGCCAAUGCCACCAUUUCCCUUUCUGAUUUCCCUUUCUGAUAUGUGUCAUCACUCAGACCCAAUGCCACCAUUUCCCUUUCUGAUUCCCCUUUCUGAUAUGUGUCAUCACUCAGACCCAAUUUGGGUUUCAAGUUACCGUCCUAGUCUUUGAAUAUCUUUAAACUGACAACAUUGAUAUUUUUUAAGGUAGAUUUUUCUCAUUGAUACAGACUAUGCAUCAUGUUUAGCAGAUGGGAUGAAAACUGGCCUAAAACAAGUCUCUGUAGAAUACACGCCCAUUUAAAAAAUAUUUUUUUAUUGCCCAGAUGUCUGUUGCACAGUUGGUCUGACAUAGAGGUCGUCAGCUCCUACUAAGCAAUUUCAGUGAGCAGGACUGCCCCAACUUCAGUAGGCUCCACGGUCUCACUGCCAUCACUUCACCAUGAAAAUUUGGUUGUAGUUUUCAAAUAAUAGGUUUAUUUCCUCCUCAUUCAGUAUAUAAAUGUUUUCCUGAUAUAAAAAGAAAUGGGACCUGAUUAUGUUUUAAGUGAUUUGCUUUAUUUGAGAAAAGGGAUUAGAAGCAAACAUUCAGACUUUUUUUUUUAAAGUAAAAUUCUUUAAAAGCUGAUGCACAGCUCUUUACAGAUGAAACGUUGCUCACAUCCAAAUACCUGACAUCGUCCCUUGAAAACAAACGCAGCGUGGCAGCUGCUGAGUCUGUCUGAUUUGUCAAGGAGGAUAAUUAUGCUUUCGAGACAGAUCUGAAAAGAAGGUGAAUAUUUUGCACUUUUGAUACUCUUAGGAACAAAUAACUUAUUUGGCAAAUGGUGUCUUUUUAUGUUGUUUUGUUUGUUUUGUAUCGGGAUCAGGCACUGAAGCUGAUGUCAUUUUUGUUUGAAGAAUAUCACAGACUGGAAGCAGAAAUAAACUGUUUUAAUGUCUGA